CUGUCAUUGACAUUUCGACAUUCGAAACAUAAUCCACAAAACGAAAUGCAUUUUUCGCAUUUCUUUUCAAUACAAAAACAAUAUUAUAUAAUUAAAGUGCUUGUAAUGAGGUUGUUUAAAUUAAAUCUUGAUUGCAAAGGGGAACUAACUUUAAUGUGGUGACGUGUGUUAAGUCACAAAGUGAAGAAAGAUGGUUUCAACCAUCUCGACACUAAAUCUUGAUGAAAAAUAUAACAAAGUUCGACAAAAUUUUUGUUUUUAUUUGGACAUACAAGAUCAUGGACUCGCUAGAUCUAUAUCACGUAGAAUCCAGGACAUGGGAUUGCAUCAAGAAAUAUUCCUAACAUCCCGAGUCACCCACGUUGUGCGCGAUAGGGCUCCGUCGCGCGGCGGCCCCGCGUUGCCGCGAUGCGCGCGGCGCCGUGAGCCAGCCCGCGCCCGCGCCGAUGCCAUGCUGCAGAGCGUGCGCCCCGACCACCAGCCUGUCCGUACGCAUACGAACUACGUUCAGCUUACUGUGCAGAAGGCUAUAAGUCUAUUGGAUAAAUUGUAUGACACCUUCUUCGCGGCCCCACGCAAAGCGCAUGUGAGAUACUUCACAAAACAUUUUAUCAAGAUUGAAUUUCUGGACAAAGUGUGCCGACCAGUUUUCAAAGAAUUCGAUGAAUGGCCGCAUUUAUCGUUAGAUCCGGAUCCGCCUAAAGAAAGAAAAGACAAAAAGGAAACGCCGCAGACGCUGAACAACAAUAUACCUACUGCAGGUCAGAAAAUGACAAGGAAAAGUCGGCCGCGCAUAAAAGAGAGAGAAGACAAAGAGGCGAAAGGAGGGUACUGUGAGAUGUGCAACACUGACUACGCGGACGCGGCGCUGCACCGGCGCUCCCCGCACCACCUCGCCUUCGUCCGCGACCACACCAACUUCCUCGCGCUCGACUCCCUCAUCAGCUCCGGCGCUGACGUCACCACAUUCCUAGACAAAGCCACGCCCAUAAACGGUGAACGCAGGUCCCUAAGAAAAAUAUGCAACGGCGACUCGGAAUCACCCAAAAGUAGACGCUCAAAACGAUCCCAGUCCCCGGACUCGACGGUCAACGGUAACCAAAGUCCCAAACGUAACGGCACCCUAGAUGAUGAAAAGAAGCACAACACCAGAUGCAGCAAAAGGUUUAACGAGUCCUCUGAAGACAGACAGUAUUACAAAGUCGUCGGUGUAAGCACCAAGUUGAGGUCGAGCGGCGGGUUCGCGACGAACAAACGGAAGGAUUCCGCCCUGACGUGCAAUGGAACUAAACCUCUAGUCGUGAAGUUUAGGAAAGUGAGACGCUCGGAAUUGUCAGUGCUGAGCGACGAAGCCGAACAGUUCAUGUUUCCGAAGCGCGCCAGCUCGACCAGUUCGACGUCGUCUGAUGACGAGAAAGUCCUGAGCGCGAAGAGGAAAAGUCCUCCGCAACCGCCGCCGCCGCCGACCAAUGAGAGGCGGCGACAGGCGCGCCCUCUGGCGCUCAAAGAAGAGUCCUCAGAAGAGGACAGUUGGCCGGAGGAUAAGCGGCGGCGGAAACGGAAAGCGCCCGCCGUCGCUAAGAGAGGUCGGAGAGGGCCUGUCAAACCGGUUGUAGAAACACUAGAGACGUCAAUACCUCCAAUUGCCGAGCCGGAACCGGUGGCGACUCCAGUCGAAGUGGAAAUCGCUGAGGUUGAAGCGAAUCCUCCGAAGGAAGAACCGUCGGAGCGCUGUAUGAAGUGGGAAGACGGGCGGUUGAAGUACACGCCGGCGGUGGAGCAGCUGGAGUUCGCGUUCGAGUCGGUGCCGCGCAGCGAGCCCUGGUUCGAGACCUUCAAGAGGCAGGACCAGGACAAGGUUGUGGUGAAGAAUGUGCCGCAAUAUUUUGCACUAUACUCCAAAUCGCCAAAGUUACCAUACGAAAUAGGUCAAUUGCCGCCUUUAAAACCAAACUGCUGUCCAUUGAGCGACCUCGUCAAACGAGAGGAGAAGCCUGGGCCUUCGCGGUCCUACGGCACGCGGGGCAUGAAGAAACAGAAGAUCCGUAAACGAACGGCUGCUGUUCAAGCAUUGGAAGGUCAUUCGAGGAAGUCUCCAAGAGAACACGCCUCCACGUUAGCCAUCCUCGGGUCAGCAGGGCUGUUACAUCGACGGAAACAUCCGGACGACACGAAAUCAACAGCUUCUGAAGACACAAUCAGUGAUACUCAAAGCAAUCUCAAAAUAGAACCAGUCAUAUCAGAAACACAGGAGGCGUCCGAGAGGCUUCAACAGUUCUUGUCUGAAGUAUUCGAAGACGCCGGCGAAUAUGAUCUGUCGGAGGAAGCCAUUGAAGGCGAAGCUGCGGUCGUCACGUCCACCAAUGUCCCAGAUGUCUCCAGUUUGGUUUCAGAGUGUGAAAAUUGUGAUCUCAUACGUAAUGAGAUCAAGGAGGGAGUAGAAGAACAGACGAAGGCGAGACGUGGCAAAUUCAAGAAGAAGAACCGGACCGGUUGGCCGAACAAGAAAAAGGCGAAAAAAGGCUCUCGAGCAAGCAGUCUCGAUGUGGAAAACAAACUAGACAGUAGUUUAGAUCGGUCCUCAGUUGAACCACCAGAUGAUGAUACUACACAGGAUACAAUCAGUGAAGAAGGCCGGUCUGAAUGUGAAGACGAGAAGACCUUAGAAGAAACAGAGAGUGAAAAGACUUUAAUUAAUCUCAAAGAGGAAGAGGAAUCGCAGGAUUCAGAAGACAAAUGCGAAGCUACAGAUGCAGACGAGUCUAAAGACAGCAAGUUACAUGUAGAUUUGAAACUUCUAUUGCAGAAUGAGAAAAAGAAGGCGGCGCGGGAGAAGCGAACGUCUCGGUCGUCUGCGGAAGAAGAUAAAGAGUUGAAGAAGAAGAAGCGAGCGUUGCAAGGUUUAGGAGACUGGCUGCAGCCGGUGGUGCGAGUGGCGCGAGUGGACCCGAGCGCGGCGCGGCGCUUGCGGUCGUCGGGCGCGGCGCGAUCGCGGAACAACCGCUCCAGAUAGCCCAAUCGGGGCCUUCGGUAUCACUCCACGACCAGUGCUGGCUUCAGAGCCAGAGACCGUGAACGUACCAACGUUACCGAACGCCAUACGUGUAAAGACUCGAAUGCCCGCUAAGAUAGUGAAUAUUUAUUCUGUAAAUACCUUUUUUUAUAUUACAGCAUAUUUAAUUUCUAACUUAUGAUCGUGAAUUUUGUCAAUUUCGAGACGGGUUCGUUAGAUCAUUAUUGACGUAAUUGGAGGCUCGUGUAAAUAGGUGUACUAUUUGGUUGGACAUAUGUGUGUGGACGUGCAUUUAGAUGUGGCGAGCUUAGAUUGUAUAUAAAUGUUAAUGUAUGCUUAGCAAGUACUGUUCUUUUUCAAUUAUAUGAAGUUUCAUCAAUUAAAGUUGUAUAAAUUA